AUGGACGUCCUCUUCGGCUCCAUCGACGUGAGAGAGCUCCUGCCGGCGGCCGGACGGAGCCUGAGGAACGAGGAUGGUGAGGAGGACCACGCGACGACCCCCCUCUCCGCGCCGGACCUCCGCCUGGUCAUUGACCGUCUCCAGGUUCGGUCUCUCCAAAUCAAGGAUCGGGUCCGCGAGUACGUGCUCGCCAACCGCGCUGAAUUCUCUGCGAUCUUCUCUUGCUGCGCCGAUGUCGCCUCCUGCUCCGACGCUGUGUCCGAGGUUCUCUCUAGUGCGGUGCGCACCCUCUCCGGCGGCGACGAUGAUUGCCCCGUCGAUGUCCGAAUCCGGGACAUCGCAAAUGAGCUCACCGAUAAGAGGCGGGAACUCGAGGAGCGAAAGAGCGCCUUGGUCCUUGUGCAGGCGAUUGCGGUCCUCCGAGACAGGUUAGAGUCGGUGAGGAUGGACAGCCAGGCGUGGAGGUUCGUGCAUGCCGCGGGAACAUUGCGGGAUCUGAAGGGUGCGCUGUUGAUUCCGGACGGCGCAGUGGAGGAUCAGAUGGAAACGGACGAAGAGCCCGUGGUCCACGGCUUACUGAGGAGGGAAUGGUACCUGUGCCUAGAUGAGGUGGGUUCCUCAUUGUUUUAAUGUCUUUUUUAGUUCUUCUUUCCUCCCAUGGAGCUUUUGUUUUGUGUAUAUUCUGUGCUCGUUGAGAAUCCAUUUGGCCGCUUUCAGUUGCAAGGCGUGCUUGCGAGACUUGUAGAGAGUGCCAUCCGAUUCGAGCCAGAAAGUGGCCUUGUAGAGGUAAGCCAGGGGUUGAAAGGCAGCAACGCGGAAUACGUUGAGUUUCAAAGGGUGCUGGAGGCAAUGGAUGUGAGUACACGUUUGGCAUCUACCGACUAAUUUUCAUCAUUUAUUUUAUUAUGAAUUAUCUUCGUCUUCCUUUGAAUGAAUUGAUACAUCAAUUAUCCUUGACGUGUGCUGCACCGUUUAGUCUAAUUUUCCGUGUGCGUUCUUUAUGACCUUGACUUAUAACUUUCAAGCACAUGAUUUGUCGACGUCUCCAACCGAUAUACUUUUGUGUCUAAACUAUCAUUCUUAUUUCUUGCAUGCUGCUUGAAAUUAAUGCAUUUUUAUUUUAUUUUAAAACUCUGGUUCAACUCAUGUGCCAUACGGUUAAACAUAUUUUAAUGGCUGAGAAUUGAGUGCUAAGAGGUCAUCAUAGUGUGGAAUAAAUCGUCAUCUGUUUUUCAUCCGAGGUUCUGAUGUUAGUGUUUUUUUCUUACCUGCAGAUGAUCAAUAGUCUUGAUUAUGGACUGGCAAAAGUAGCAGACCUAAUGAUCAAAAAUCUCGUGACUCCAAUAAUAUGUGAUAGGUUUAAAACUCCCCAUAUUGAAGAGUUAUCUUGGGAUUCUGAUGAAAAGGCUGUAGCAAUUCUUCAAUUACUCCCACCUCCAGAACCUCAGGUACCCACUAUAUUGGGACUUUUCAUUUCUACCUUUGCAUCCUUUAAGAUUUUUCUCAUUCAAUAUGCAUUGAAUACUUUAAUAAUGAGUAUCCUGUUUAGUAGGAUCUGAAUUCCCAGAACUUUUACCCAAGCGAUAUGUUCUUCUUUGUUUGAAAUGUGACAUGCUAAUGAUAUCCUCAAAAAUGUUCUUCUUUUCAUCUAAGCAGUUUUCGUUAUUUGUUUUUUAAAUAUGAAGUGUUUGCUAUUCUUCUUGAACAAUCUGCACAAUUUGAGCUUCCUGAGGAUCACUUAAACAGUAAAUUUCCUGUUAUCAGUUAUCUUAUUUCAAUUUUCAGUAUGUUUAGGAUUUGAGUUCGCUUGCUGCUUGUAAAACAUAUCACAUUUUAUUUUUUUUUACAUCUAAAUUUUUCUUCUUCUGGCUGCAAUAGUUCGUGAAAAAUAGUGUGUAGUUCCCUUGUUAUUCAAAUAAAAGUUAUAUUUGUGAGUCGUGGUUUUUCUAUCAACCUUGCCUGUUGCAUUAGUAGGCAGCACUAAGUACACGAGGUGUGACGAGUUUUAUAGUAGUUUUGUCAAAUCUUAAGCUACUAGCUCCCCAUGAAAAUAUUUUUAGCAAGAAUACAGGUUUUGUUCAAUAGAAAGCUUAUACGUUAUUGUAGAAAAGUGAAUUUUAUAUGGCUCACUUGAUUGCCAAGGAGAUCACCUGGAACUCUUUUGACCUUGUGAGAGAGUGCUCUGAGAGUGCUCGCUUCAAUUUGGAAUUCAUAAGUGUCUUUAAGAUCUCAUAUAAGCAGGCCUUUUAUACCAUAAGACAAAUAACUCACAAUUAAAAAGAUCCCUCUUUCACUGACUAAAAACUACAUUUUUGUAACUUCUGGUCAAAUGGUGCUUGCAAAUAUUCAAUGGCCAGAGUAGGGAUUAACCCACUCAAUCUUUCACUUGUCAAGCAUCCUGCCUUGAUUUUAUUCACUCCUCUUUGUUGCGACUCUUUUGGAUUCUGGUUUCUAGUUCCUCUUUGGUUUUUGAACCUUGUACAUUUUUUAUUUUUCUUCCACGCGUUCAUGGCCUUAUGCCUGAAAAUCUUGACCUCUGUCCAUUGUUCUUUAUUUUUUCCUGCCGAUGUUGAUCUUAGCUGUACAUGUGCUGGCAAUUCUUAUAAUUCCAUUUAUGUUUUUGCUUGACAAUAAGUAUGGUUGGAAAUAUUUUUGGUUCACCAAAAUAAUCAUUAUAAGGUUUUUAAACUCAACAGCACAGAUUGUGGACAUGAGAGGGCUGUUGGUCUUUUAGCAUUAGAGUAUGAAUUCAUAACAACUAAAGAAAGAAUGGAUAUAAAAGAUUUGAGUAGGUGAUCCGCAAUUCAGUUUAAGAUUGCUUUGAUUUUUUUGAUAAGAGAGUGAUCUUAUCUUGUUAGUUGUGACCAUAUUGUUUUGGUUGAUCCUGAAAGCAGGAAUUGAGCAGUGGACAAUGUUAUUACUUCUGUAUCAUAUAUUUCUAAUGAGUAGCCUUCAAGGCCUUAAUCGUCUAGUAUGAUGCAUUUGGUAAAUUUAAGUUGUAGAAAUCCUCUUUUUAAAACCUUGACCUACAUUCUUUGCCAAGGACAGACAUUUGCAUUGCAGGAACACUGAGAAGUGUGAAUUUCAGUAUGAGAGUUUUGGAGGAUGAGCAUUUUUUUUUGGAUCAACACUCUAUUUUUUAGCCAUAACCUGGGAAGUCAUGAGGGCAGUUUGGCUGGGCCAGCGAAAUGUUGAUCCUUAGUCGGGCUUUAGCUAGUGGAAUGUAUUUCCCAUAGUAACUCAUAUAUUAUUGAAUGCAUGAUUCACAAAGAAAUAUGCCACUGAGGUGAGUUUGUGGAUUGUUAUCAUCUCUAUUUUUCUGGUUUGAAGAAGAUUUGUUUUCGUUCUAUUCAGUUAUUCUGCUUGUUUCACUAUUAGCUCCUGGAUUUAUGGAAUCUUCCUGCUUGACUUAAUUAGAUAUUCUCUCCAUUUAUAAAAGUAGGUAAUAAAUGGUUUUCGGUUCUGCACCUUCCACAAAAUUUCUCAUGUAGCAUCAGUUUCAUAAUUUGUUUUGGAUUUAGGAAAUAAUAUGAUACAAGCUUUCAGGCAGGAAAGUUGCUUACUCGUUAAUUUGAUAAUUAUUGAAUGUGUUGGUACUAUAUCCACAAGUCUUUCAUUCAUCUGCUUAUCAUUCUUUCAUUGCUGCCAUUUUGUAAGUAGUUGAACAAUCUAUUUCAUCGAUUGAAUGCUCUUAUUUUCGUUGUAGUUUUGGAGCAUUAUAUUUCGUUUGUUUCAAUAAUUGAUUCUUUGUCCAAUGUAAUGAAAUUUCAGUGUAGAUGGAGGGGACAUCAUCUUCCAUCUGUCAUACUUGCGAGAAAUUACCUAAGAUGAUAAGGCUCUAUGAUUCUGAUGGUUGAACCAGAAUGACUUGAUAAUGACUAUUAAUGCUUAGUUGUAUAUUAUGUUAGCCCUAUUUUUCGUCUCUUCAGAAACAUAUUUUACCUUUUUAUUUGGUAGUUCAUCUCAUUUUCUACUUUCUGUGGACUUUGAUGGCCGUUCAUGGGAGGAAUGCAAACUUGGGUCAUCAUGAAAACUUGUCCUUUAUCCUCUGAUUUAUUUUAACUGUUAAAUCUUUGACCAUCCGUUGACAGGAAUCUGUUGAUGCCCAUCCUAUCUAUUCAAGGCUUCUUCAGGUGAUAAAGUUUAUACAUAAGUACGUUUUAUUCCAAGAUGCUAAAUGGACACUUUGUUUUAGUCGAUUGACGUGGUCAAGAAUAUCUGAGCUGGUUAUCACCUUUUUUCUUUCAAAGGUGAGUUAUUUUUGGGAUCUCUCCUGUAGAAUUUUCUUCAAAUGUGCCAAUUUUUGCUGCAAAUCUUGUGAUGAAUGUGCACAAACACACUUAUGUCCUCUAUGUAACUUGACAUUAUAUUCAAGUAAAGCUUCAAUCCCUUGCAAAUUCCAUCCAUUUUUUUUUCACUCAUUUUCUUUCUCUUCCAGGACCUUGCAAAAAUGAUGAACUCUUAGUCUCUUUUUCGAUGUCCUCAUCUCUACUUUUUUGAAGAAUUUUAUUUUUUUUCAUAAUCCCUGUGUCAAUAUUCUCGAAUGAGUUAUAUGAUAGUUGAUUAAUUUUGUCUCCCAGUACAUUCAUCUUAGCAAUAUUAUUGUACCUGUUCCUACUUAUCAAAGGAAAUUUUCGAAGCAGGUUUGUGUUUUGCUUGCUAUCUCUACGUAUAUUCAUUAUAUACUCAAUAGACAGGCAUUCAAUUAUGUAUCCAAUGAACUCAAAACUCCAUGGAAAAUCAUUAUAGUUUUCCCCAGAUGGGUCAUGAAAACAAUGCCCUAAUAUGUUGCAGAACUUGUAGCCCUCUCUAAUAAAAACAUUUAGUAAAUACACAUAUUUUCUAUUUAAUUAGAGCAUAGCUGUAGUGUAAGCAGUUCUGGUCGUUCAGUUCAUCUCAGAUGGGUCAAACGAUUAUAUGUGAUUUACACCACAGGGUUUUUUAUCAGCUUUAGAUACAUUUUUGUUGAUGUGUCUUUACAUUAUGCAUGACGUGGGCUUAUUUAUCAGGUUGUCUACACUGUGAAAUUCUGUUCAUCCAUAUUCUCAGCUUCUAUGGACACACGAACUUCAUAUAUGAGAAGUAUGUGGUGUCUUGUCCUUUGAUAUGAUGGGCAGAUUGAAUUGCAAAAAAAUUCGCCACUAACCAGAUAUUAUGGGGUUUUUGUUAUAUCUCUAGACCCGUUGGUUUGUUUCUCUCCUAACCAUUUUUCUUUGUACAAUAGGGCAAGUAGACAGGUAGGCUAUAAAUUCCGUGAUUUUGCCGUCCUGUUAAACACUUCUAAGCUCAAUUCAGUGCCCAACAUCCAUGUCCCCUUAUGAAGUAAAAAUCCUAGUGGAGUUCAUUCCCUCUCUUUGAAAAAUUAUAUUCAGAUUUAUGCCAUUAAGUCCUUACUUGGUACUGUGCUGAUUACUAUUUUUUUGGUGUGCAGGGGGUUAUUCAUUAGAUAUGAAAACCUAAGAAAAACAUCUACCUGUAUUUUUACUAUAAACUCGCAUAGAACAUCCUGUUCAACACUAAGCUACACGAAAGCUCUAAAAUUUCAGAUCCACACUCAUCUUCAUUAUGUUAAAUAUUUUCACCCUCUUUUACCCUUGCGAAAAUAAAAUGAAAAUUAUUUCUUCUGCUCUUUUGAAUUUUCUUUAGUGCUCACUCUAUUCAUUGCAUUUUUGUGUUGGUUUUCUUGUCUCUCAUUCAUCUCUGAGUAUUCCGGCUCCAAUGUUUGUCAUUCGUCGACUUAUAAAUUGGAUAUGCCAGGUUGUACCUGAUGAUGCUUCAAAGAUUGCAGAAUUCCAAGAAAUCAUCAGAUACACGGCUGAAUUUGAGGCCUCACUUCAGAAAAUUGGAUUUAUUUCGGAAAAUGAUAACGAGGGGAAAAAAUUAAGUCUUUUUGCUACCAAUAUCGAAGUCCAUUUUGCAUCUCAAAAAAAGAAAGAAAUUUUGGCAAGUGCCAGAAGUUUACUUUUGCAGUGCGACUUCAGCUUUCCUUCAGUGAGCAUUUCUUACUAAUGCUAUUUUUCAUUAUUUAAUUGUCCUGAAUGACUUCCAGCAGAGAUUUUAUGAUUCACUCGUAGGAUAAUUCUUCAAGAAGUGUUACACAGGCUUCUGGCGUAAGCAACAAUGAGUACAUUGUUAACUUGCUUUUUGAAGCAGAGGCGUGCUUUAUAUCUAAAGCAGCAUUUCAUCUCAUGGAGUUGGUUCAUCAAAUACUUAAGGUAUGUCUGCCCUCCAUAAAUUCGAGAAUAUCAAGUCUUGGGAAAUCUGCAGUACAAACCAAUUCUGUUGUCAUUCAUCUAUAAUCUGUUUCUGUUAAUGGCUAUAUCCUCUUCGCUACCCUCAGGAUUUGCUUGUGGAGAGUACUUUUCUGACGAUUUGUUUUUCAACCUCAUAGGUAGCAAAUAAUCCAGGUAUUGUAUAUGAAUUUGGCUACCUAAUUACAUAAGGGUUGUUCUCCUGUUCCAUGGUCCAGGCCAAAAUUCUGUCUCUCUAGGGUCGUAGAAUUCGAAGCUUAGGAUGUUUUCUAAUGCUGAGUACCUCCAUCAACCAUGAUAGGAUAAGCUAAACAAGCUGUAAAUUUGUCUUUUCAUUUCCACUUCUACAUCCACCAGUCUGGUUAUGUUACUUGUAAGUCUCUUGUUGCUAGAAGAUUAAGAAAUGAUUCAAAUUGCAGAAUUUCUUACUCCCUAUGUUUCCUUUCGAAUUGUCCCAUCUGUAGCAUCAGAAAUCUCUGCUAAACGAAUGAAAAGAUUGGAAAUAUUUCAAAGAUCGGUGUUUUUGCCUCUUCUUCUGGAAAUGUCAGUACCUGCCUUAACCAUCAUUAGUAACCUGUAUGAUAUUACUCCACCCCCUGAAGAUAACAUCCAGCUCUCGGGUUUAGUCCCAAAAUCUAAUUCUCUUUCACUGUUUGGUUAAUCACUUCUUAACUAUGUUACUUCUACUUUUCUUUGUUUCAACGUAAAAUUCUUAAGAUUUAUUCUCUCAAAUUCCGCCUAACUAUCAAGAAUGUAUACAAAGUCGUGAUUUUGAUGUGGUAAAUCAGUGCAGAAUGUUUGCAUGUCGUCUACUAAAGUGGCAAUGGAGUUCUACCAUGCAGCAAGAGAUGCUCUACUUUUGUAUAAAGCUAUUGUUCCAGUCAAGGUUUGUAUUUGGACAAAUGUUGCCUCUGAAGGACUAAAGAUAUUGCUCAGCACUUUCAUUCCGUUGCACUUGGGAGCUUAUUUUUCUGAUUGUGUACUUCCAAUGUUAUGCAUGCUCAAAAUAUCAAGUGCUCUUGACCUUGAUUGCAUAUCUCCUCUUAGAUUAUUAGACCUUUGCUUUACUUUCUUCUUUUCGGAGUACGUGCCUAGUCAAAAAUUUCAGGCGCUCUUCACUUUGACUGCAUAUCUCCUCCAGCAAUAAGUCUAAGAAAUUUUCAACAUGAAAUCUUAAGCGAUUCAUGUUUCAAUUUCUAGCUAUCAUCAUACUGAUUUCUCCAUGUUUUGCCUGACUGACCACCAAUGAUAUCCUUUCAGCAGAAAUAUCAUAUUUUUCUGCCCCAUUAUUGUCUUCUUUAUCGAUGGAGCCCCUUGGAGUAGAGAUAUGUCACUGAGUUUGCUGUGUAUAAGAAUAUGCCUUGGACUAUCCCUCCAUGAGCUUUCCAUUGGAAAGGACAGCUCAUUGUUGCGGGAAUUGUAAACUCCAUGGCUUGGACCAUUUGUUGAAGAGAUUAUGCCAGACCUUUGGGAAUCAUCAUGACAUCACUAUAUUUAGAUAAUGCUUUUGAGAUAUAGCAGCGCAUCCUCCGUUAGACGUCAUAGCAAAGCAGAAACCAUGUUCUGUUACCACUUAAGAUAGGACACUCUACAGAGCUGAAAGCUUAGGAAAGCUCAAAAAACAUAUAACUAUGCAAAGGAGAAACCAGAGUGGUGUUGCUGGACCAAAACCAAAAGUUCACUUAACAUGUUAUUUGCAGAGCUUAGAUAACUUUCGAAAACUCGUAAAAAACGAACAAGUACCCUCAUUCAUGAUAAUUGAUCUGGGGCAACUUCCUCUGGUACAAAAAUAAAAUUUAGAAAUGUCUUAAGGUAAAUUUUGUGUUUAAUAAAUGUUAUAAAGAUAUAGCCGGAUGCAUCACCUUUAUUUGUUGUACUUCGGACUUCGAACUAAGUUAUCAAGGGAUUGAGCUGGACGAUUCUCUACAUCAGUGUACAAAUUGAGAUUUGAAGUGUAAUUUGAUUAAAAAUUAUUUGCUCAUUUGAAAAAUAUAAAACUUCAGUUCAUGUUUCAGGCUCUGCCAAUAAGCAGGUUACAGCAUUUCUAUUUCAGUUCAUCUUUCGUUUACCUGCUAUUGCUAUUUUACUCUCAUCAGUAAUGAAGAUAUGUCAUGGAUGGGGCUAUAUCUGCAUUUAUCCAAUAUGGCAGACCCAUAUUGGAUAUCUGCAUUUAUCUAAUGAAGACGACACCUCUUUCUUUUAUGGACUAAUAACCCCCACCCGAUUAAAUCUCCCAUCACUUGAGUAGCUUGGAUUGUCUGCUUUUUAUGUUUUUACUGCAAUUAAUGGAACUUGGAAAAACUGUGGAAGAAGAACAAAGACUGGAGAACUGGCGAACUGGCGUCACCAAAACUCUAGUAAUCUCUUUAACAGUGUCAAGUUUCUAUGUUGUCUUCUUUUGAACUUAAGAUUUCCUUCGGGAUUUUUGCAUCCAUACUAUGCCAACCGCAGGCUUGUUGAGAGUUCUUCCUUUUGCAUGCUUGAAGCUAGAGAAACAGCUGGGUACAAUUAGUCAGGCAGCUGUCGUCAUUCAUAAUGACUGCCUAUAUCUGUCACAAGAAAUUAGUGGACUUUCAUUUGAGGUAAGAGUCAUGUGGUAAUAUUGCAUUCCGUUCUUCUCCAACUUCAUUCUUUUCUUAUAAUAGUCAUUUCUUUAUCCCACUAUCCUAAAAAAUAUUCUUGUUGUCUUUGCAAAAUACUCUUCAUUAACCCUUAGUUAUGUAAACUCUUUACUUUUAAGCCUAUAGUUUUCUAUUCAUAAGUAGAUUAUUUGACUUAUUUUGAUUAAUGAACACAAGAUCAAUUUUACAUGUUAUUCAGUACCGUGAAAACUUUCCAAAUGGCGUCAAAGAAUGUGCAUUAUUUGUUGAUAUUGCACCAAAUUUUCGUCAGAUGGCUGAAGAUGCAUUGUGGAAACAAGUUCAGCUAGUUUAUUUUAGUUUGAAGGAGGUGAUUUUUCUUAGUCUCCCUUUUUUAUGUUCUUAUAUCCAUGAUUACCAGACAGAUAUACAUGGUUUCCAAUUUUAGCAUACCUGAAAAAUAUCAAUGUACUUUUUUCUUUUAGCUGCUCUGGAAAGCUUCGUUAUGCUAUCCUCACUUCCUAUUGUCAUUCUGUGACUCGAGAUUGCAUGGUGAUUUCUUUCCGUCCGUAGAUAUUUCCAUUUGCUAAGUUUUUGUCCAAUCCUGUUGCAAACCGAGGGAAGCAGUAAACUGUUGCUUCUGGAUUCUUUUCCCCCUGCUAGACUCCUCUUUUUCACAAAUUAGCUCCGUCCAUAUAUUCUGAAACAUGAAGCUAGAUCAUUUCCCUCAUCACAAGCUUGUACUCAUUGCUUCUAAAGCCGCAUGAUAAGCAUUAAGCCAGGUCUGUUUCCCCAGGAUUCCCUUAAGUUAUUCGCUGAACUUCAGUACGGAAGAAGCCCCAUCGAUAUCCAUCUGGGCCAACAUAGUCCAAACUUAUGUAUGUACACUGAAGACACGGGCAGAUCAUCAGGCAUACUUACCCAAUCUUCAGUGUAGAGAAUUUUUGACACAGAAGUAGACAUUUAAGUCUGAUAAUGCUGAACAUUUAAUUAUGCUCUGCAGAUGGACUUCAUCCUGGAUUGAUGUGCCUUUUCCUUCGAGAUGUGCAUUUUGGUCUUUGUCAUUAUCUUCUCAUAAAUUUCAUUUGGUUUAUCAGGCUGUAGAUGGUGCCAAUGGUUUUCAGAACACUCAUCAAAUCCAACUGUACGAUUCAGCUAAAUUCAGUCUAGAUCAGGUAAAAAUUUAUUUCAUAUAUACAUACAACUAUGAUCUGAUUGAGGAAAAUCUAUGCGAUUUGCUUCUGGAGGAGCCAAAAAGUUAUUAUAAUGUGAAAAUGAUAGCAGUCUUAGUUCCUUCCAAUUCUCAUGUAGCUCUUUCACUGAAUUUGUCUGUUGUUGGUGAUGUUUGUUUAGUAGUAUAUUAUUCACUUCUGUCUUAUGCCAAUUUAAAAACUGUUGAAUGGCGCUGUUAUCUAGUAUUCAAUUUAGUCUCCGCCAGAUGAAUUCGUGGAAGUGAUAGUGACACGAACAAAUCUUAGCCUAGAGAUUGAUAUGUAUAAGUCAUUAGCUUGGUUUAGGGCUUUCAAUAUCUAUUAGAAAUUGGCAGUUAGUCGGUGGGCUUCCUCACUGAUCUACCCUACAAAGUUCAAUUAGAUAGAUGUGUUCGAUUCAGUUUUGAAUUUGUAGGAUGCAAUUUUUAUGUUCUCAAAUGACUCUCAGAAAGGAACCCCUGAAAGCUUAAUGCUCCACAAAACAGCACUUUGCUUUUGUUUCUGUCAGUGAGACGCCAAUAAUAUCUUACACCAUCACCUUGGUCGAAAAGUGUUCUGUUGGUAUUAUCAGAGAUGAACGGUCUUCGUAAGAACACUGUAGUGCUUCUGAAUGCAUCCUAGAUGAUCUAAAACUACCUGAAAGACUUUCCAAAACUAAAGCUGAGGUCUUGAUUGGCCAUCAAUUUCGAUCAUUGUCUGUUAGAUGAGGAUUUUGCUAUUUUUUUUCUUCUGCUCGAGAGAGGAAGUUAAGCCUUUUCUGUGGCCUUAAUUUUAUUAGCAUGCAGUUACCAGUUAAUGCCAUGAGUCUGAUGUCUAUUCAAACAUCCCAGGUUGUUUUUAUUUUGGAGAAAGUGCACAUUAUAUGGGAGCCAAUAUUGCCGAAGUCUACUUAUAGGAGAACAAUGUGCAUACUCCUGGAUUUCGUCUUCAAAGCAGUAAUGAAGGACGUGCUUCUUUUGGAUGACAUUGCAGCAGAAGAGACUCUGCAGGUCCUUUGCUUGUUUUUAUAAAUUCCAUCCUUAUUAGAGUGUUCAUUAAAUGGUUUUUCAUUCAUGUUUUCAGCUUCAGCGAUUGAUCUAUCUAUUAUUAGAGAACCUCUCUUCUUUGUUUGAGUCUCUGGUUGAUACCAGCGCAAUCGAGACAUUCUCCAGUGAUAGUAGGUGGCCUUAUUUGAACGAGAAGGUUCCAUCUCUUGGGAAGUUCCGCAAACUAGCAGGUAUACUUUUAUUUCUGUUAUCUUGCCAUAUCAAGCUUUGAUCAUCUCGCCUUCUGCCUGGAUGGUGACAGCUUUUUUCUCAUUAGAUUUGCUGGAUAUGACGCUAAAGUCCAUAACUUGGGAGUGGGAAAACGGAGAUCUGGCUCGCUGUGGUUUUACUUCAUCUGAGGUAUGAUUUUUUCGCGAAUAAUGAAUUAUUUUGUUGUUACCGAGCUGCCUGUUUUAUGGUAUUAUAUCUGACAACGGUAUUUCUUCCAUACGUUGGUUCUUUAAUGUGGUUUGUUAAUAUGUAUAUAAAUGUAUGAACACUUGCGAGAAAAGUUGAGACACUUCCAGAGACAGAGACACGCUGUGAUAUGGAAGAUAUUCAUCCUUGAGGUGGAUGUUUGAGCAGAAGUGAAACAAUACUUUUUACCUGGGUUAGAAGAUGCUUUCCAUGCUGGAGAUAUUUGCUCAAGAUAAACAUUAGCCAUGGUGGUGGUGCUGACGAUCUCUCUCCAGGAUCAGACGCUCGUCCUCCAAAGCCUAAUAUUUGCCACUUUUCUUGUUCUAUAUUACAUAGGGAGACGUUUACAGCGAUAUUUUAAAAAACCCUAGUCUUCAUUUAGUUGCCUUACCAUGUCAUGGACUUGAUACCUUGGAUACAUUGGUGGCAUUCAAUUACAAGAAAUCACUUGUUGCUUUCAUUUGCACAACAAAGUUUCACGGUUAUUAAUGGUAAAAUUAGGUCCAGUAGCUUUGUUGUUGACUUGUUGGAAUUUGUUUGCCCAGUGCUAUCCUCACCACCUUACUGGAGUUUGUAAUCUUUCUAUGGGCACCUCCUUUCUUGUAUGUGCUACUCUCAGUUGACAGCUCAGUGUGCACGUGAAAAUUUCUGUUCCCAAGUUUAUCAUUCUCUUGUCCUCGAUUGUAUAAGCAUUAAGUUGGCGAUAUGGGACAAAAUCAUUACCAUUGAAAGUCUUCAGGAUACUUGUGGAGGUCAGAAUCCAAUCACAUAGGCACCAUGGAUCCUCUUAGAAAUGUAUUUUGAUGAAUUAUUUUUUUUUACUUUAAACUUAUUCGGAUCAUGUGUCCUCAGAAACUCCUCCACGUCAUUACCUUUGUCAAAAAAUUGAACUCCAUAUUUUUAUUUCUACAUCAGUGUGAAUCUGGGGUAAUAAAUAUCAAGUGGCUAAAUAGACUUCCUUGCUUAAGUCAGUUAAUCCUCGAUAUGUAUUUCAAGUUUUCUUCAUGCUUCUGAGCUGAUUUUAUAUGAUAAGUUAGAUAAAUUAGCCCCAAUCACCAGAUCAAUUGCACGUUGGAUCCUUGUUUAUCAGAGUCAGCCUAUUUAGUUGUUCUUCAUGAAAUAUAUGCGUUCAAAUUCCCCAAUCAUAGUCUCCAUCUGAAAGGCAUCUCACAAGUAUCUUUUGACUAAUCAAAAACGUAUCUCUUGUGUGGGAAGAAUGUCCCUUCCCUUUAAAAGCUUUGCUGAUUUAUUUUUCAGACGAAAACUCUGUUUGCAGUUUCGUAUAAGAUUCCCAAGCUGCUCACCCUGUAAUCUACUUGAUUUUCUCAUCAUGCAGGUAGGCAGUUUGAUCAGAGGGAUCUUUACAGAAUCGCCUCUGAGGAAGGAGUGCUUAGGGAGAAUUGAAGGCAAUCAUCUGUAG